UUUAGCACUAAAAAAACAAAACAAGAAAAGGGCUGUUGCUUUAUUUAAAGCCUUUGUUGAGAUUAAAAACUUUGAUGAGUAUUCCAAAAAAAACAUGAAAAGCAUUCUCUAUUUAAUUCCACAUUGGAAUUUCACGCCUAUAUAUUUUCAGUACAUAGAAAAGGUAAUUGAUGAACAAAUGCAAUACGCUAUCUGUAAACAUGCUAUAUUCAACAGGUACUCCGAUGCUCUUGACUAUCUCUUAAAAAACGGAAUUCGCUAUGACAUAGAAGAUGACAGUGGAAAAAACUUAUUACAUUUCGCAGCGCAGUAUGGUAGUCUCGAAGAAAUUAAAGUCCUUCUGAAAAACAGAGCCAAUGUUAGUGAAAGGAAUCAAAAGACAGGAGAUUUACCCUUACAUUACGCUGCAUCAAAUAACACACCAGACGUUGUAAAGUUUCUUUCGCAAAUCAGAGUUAACCUUUGCUAUAAAAACAGAAUAAACCGAACUCCAUUGCACAAUGCUUUAAUUCUAAAGCGUGUUGCUAUUUCUACAAUUUUAAUGGAUACUACGGAUUAUAUGUGGUUUAAAGACCUUAAUGGAAACUCUCCCUUGCAUCUUGUUUUUUUAUAUUUUACAUCAAUCAGUGACGUACGCAAACUAUUUUCAAAAGUCGAUUCAAUCUGGCCACUUACCUCAGAAAAUAAAGAUGGAGAAUCGCCAUUACUACUGGCAUUAAAACUCCAAAACAUCCACCUUAUGAGAUACAUUUUUAACAAGAUUCCAGCAUCUAUAGACACAAAUAAUAUAACGGAUGAUAUGUGUUCAAAACUUUUACAAAACCACAGUUCGAGCAAAAACACGAUGGAGUUUCUCAGGUCUCUAUUCGAAGAAUUUAGAAUUAGAAAAUCUGAAUCUGAAAUCUUUAAAGUUUCUGUGAAACUCAUCUAUCAAGCAUACGUACACGGUUUUAAUGACCUUGCCCAAGUGCUCAUUCAAAUAAAUCCUCCCUUUGGGCGUUUUUGUCAUGAAGCAGUUUUGCAUAAAAUAGAUAGAAAUUUUAUUACAUUUUUACUGGCAAUGGGUGACGGUGUAAAUUCCACAGAUGGUGAAAACAAUACGGCCUCAAGCAUGGCAAUGGUAACUAAGGAAGAAAGAGCAGUCAGACUGCUGUUAGAAAUUUUUACCAGCGUGCGUACUUGCAAAGAGGAUAAAAUUACUUGCCUGGUCAGAGCGCUUGAAUACAAUAUUCUUAGCCGUGAAUUUUUAAAAGAAGAAAGAUUGAAAGAAAUUUUGAAGCUCCUGAUAGAAACAUUGCGUUCUAAUUAUUACUAUGCUACAAAUUAUUUUCUUGACCUUUUGCAGAAGUAUUCAAUAUCUGUUGACACUUCCAACCUUACUGAAGCAGUUAGAGCUUUUGAUGACACAGAAGAAAGCAAAAACCAGCUCCAUCGAUUAUUAAAAUUUGUCGAUGUUAACGUACUUGACAAAAACGGAGAACUGCCUUUAAACGUUGCAGUUAAGCUGAAUAAGAAGCAGGUUGUUGAUAUUUUAUGUGAGAAUGAUGCCUUUGUAAAUAUAUCUGAUGGCAAUGGACUCAGUGCCAUUGAUAUUGCUAUCCAGAGAAACGACUCUAACAUAACUAGGGUAUUCUUGCUAUCUUUGGAAAAAGGCAGUCGAUGUGUUAAUUCAAGAGAUAAUACAUUGUUGCAUUCACUGAUCGAACAGAGUAAUAACAAUAUACUUCUCAAACUAGAUGGUGAUCCUGAAUUUAUUCAGCAUUACGAUCAUGUAAACGUAAACGCAGUAAAUCUUGACGGAAACACACCACUUGAUUUGGCCUUACUGACAAAGAAUGAAAUUGCGUUGAGCCUUCUUCUGUGUUUAAACGCAGACGUGAAUAUAUCAACUAAAAACGAGAAGAAACUUAUUAACAUGUUCCAACAGGCUCCUGAUAUUAUGUUAAGAAUGAUGGAGAAAUUAUUAAAACAUAGAAAAAACACGUUUAUUGAAGAGAUUGAGUGUCCGAUAUGCACUGAAGUCUGCCAAGAGAUAUACAUAUGCAUAAACGGACAUUCUAUUUGUGGGCAAUGCGCAAAACAUCCGAGUAUAGAAAAUUGUCCAAUGUGCCGAGUACCCUUUAAGGGAAACUGGCAACGCGGCGUUCAGAAUGAAGAACGGCGCUUUAAAGCUAUAUUGGCUCACAUUGAAAGAGAAAAUAUAUUCUCUUCGUCUUGUAAUUUUUAACCUUCUGUUGUUAUUUUUAUAUUUGUUGUGCUGACUGCUAUUAAAUACUCCAAUUAUUGAAAUUUCCUGGUUUCUGUCCCUACCUGCCACAACUUAAUCCUAUCAUGGCAAAAAAUGUGAAAGCUCCAAGAUUUCUCCUCCCUCCAGAUUUAUUUAAACAACUCUUGAACUAGUAAACGCUAGGUGUUAAAGCUUGGUGUUUUUUUUGUAUAUACCUA